AUGGCUGAACAGCAACAGCAGCACGCCCCUGGCGGCUACUAUAGUGCAAGGAAUAAAAUCCCAGACAUCAAGACUUUUGUGCAGAAUUUGGACAAGGACAAGAAGGACCGAGACGCACGACUUGAUGACCAGAAGAAAGCUCCAGGAGCUCCGCAGAAGGGUCAAAAGCAGGGCCUCGAGGAUCAAAAGCAAAAUGCUAGCUACAAGACCGUCACUGAUCCUACAACUCAAAAGGAAGUCCAAAUCGCUGACGUUGGUGAGGACUUUAUGGAAAGAGUGAAGAACCCUCAACUGUCUGUUCCGAAUGCAAAUCUAGGGAAGGAUACCACUGUCAAAACAGACCCUUCUCAAACAAAUCCAGAGUACAAGGAGAACCAGGACAUAACCGCACCGCCAGAUCCCGUGGCCGAGGGUAGCACAACUGACGUGCCUAUUCAUGGCGAAAAAACGAAUAUCCUGUUCCAUCCCACACCAUCUGUCAGCUACGAGCCCAUGUUCGCCAUGUUGGAGACCCGAGCCGGUGGAUUAUGCAUUGGCCUUUUGGUAGCUGUCAUUGUGUUGGGGCGAAUGUUUGGAGGCUCUUUACUUGGACUGAUACCGCUCUCCAUGUGCGUUGCAUCCGGCGUUUGGCUAUGGAUGAAAGAGGUAGUACGAAGUGGCCGCGAAGUAGAAUGGCAAAGUGAACAGACUCGAGGAGAGACGGCUGUGGCAAAUCUGUUACCCGAAUCUGUUGAAUGGAUGAAUACAUUCCUUAAUAUCGUUUGGGGCUUGAUAAAUCCGGACAUGUUCGCUGGUGUUGCAGAUACUCUGGAAGACGUUAUGAAAGCAUCCGUACCUGGAGUGAUUGAGAAUGUUCGGGUUGCGGAAAUCAAUCAAGGCAACAAUCCUCUCCGUAUUCUGAGCUUGCGCGCCCUGCCCGAUACACACGUCAAAGAGCUCAAAGAAAGUAUUCACGAAGAGAAUAAGAAGACAAAAGAUCCGCAAGAAGCUGCCGCAGACGAAGAAGGUGGGGAUUAUUACAACCUCGAAUGCUCUGUAGCGUAUCACGCGAAGCCCACAAGCGCAAAGGAUACGUCCGCGAAAGCCCGCAAUAUGCACAUGCAACUCGUCUUCUAUCUCGGCGUCAAGGGACUCUUUGGUGUCCCCCUGCCAAUAUUCGUUGAACUUCAAAGUCUGGUGUGUACUGCACGCAUAAGGUUGCAGAUGACACCAGAGCCACCUUUCUUAAAGAAUCUUACGUUUACACUCAUGGGUGUUCCACAGGUUUCUGCUGGAUGCAUUCCGAUGGUCGAAAAGGGCGUCAACAUUUUGAAUCUACCUCUGAUCUCCAAUUUUGUCAAUUAUGCCAUCAGUGCAGCUGCGAGCAUAUACGUAGCCCCGAAGUCUAUGUCCAUAGAUCUUGGUGCUAUACUUCAGGGAGACGACAUCUCGAAAGAUACAUUGGCUAUGGGUGUUAUGUGGAUCCGAAUCCACCGUGCCAGAGGUCUAAGCAAACAGGAUCGACGUGGUAGCAAGGGAGGCGGCUCAGACCCUUACAUAACCCUGUCAUUUUCCAAAUACGGCAAGCCGAUGUACUGUACAAGAGUGAUUACAGAUGAUUUGAACCCUAUGUGGGAAGAGACUGCAGCGUUGCUUGUGACGCCAGAGCUUAUCAAAGCUGACGAACAAUUAAGUGUAGAACUUUGGGAUUCUGAUCGUUCUAGUGCGGAUGACAUCGUUGGCAAGAUUGAACUAUCGAUGCAGAAAAUGAUCCAACAUCCGGGUAAGAUGUACCCUCAGAUAUCAAAACUUGCCGGGAUGGAAGAAGGUAGCGAGAUGCCUGGUGAACUGCACUGGGAAGUGGGAUAUUUCUCAAAACCAAAAUUACGUCCGGCUCUGCGAACAGAUGGCAAGAACAAAGCACUCCCUGAUACGCUCAAGGAUAAGCCCGAGCUGCAAGACGAGAAGGGCACGAUCAAUAAUGAGCAUCAAGACGCAGUAGCUCAUACUCCGCCUGACCCCUUAUGGCCCACCGGGAUUUGCAGCAUCAUUGUUCACCAGAUCGUCAAUCUCGAAUUAGAAAACAUUUACGGCAGCCAAGGCAACCGGAAGGGCAGAGAGUUCGAGCCAGCGAAAGCUUUCGGCGAGAGUACCGAAGAAGUUGGCAAGGACCUGCCAAAUAGCUACUGCACGAUUCUUUUCAAUGAUCAAUUGAUAUAUCGUACACGAACGAAAGCUGUAAGCAACAAACCAAUAUUCAAUGCUGGUACCGAGCGAUUUGUCAGGGACUGGCGUUCGACCAUUGCCACAGUAACUGUUCGUGACCAGCGGCAUAGACAGCACGAUCCCAUCCUAGGUGUGGUGCCUCUACGCCUCUCUGACAUCCUAUCUACGAGCUCCCAAGUAACCCGGUGGUACCCGCUGGACGGGGGCAUCGGGUUCGGACGCGUCAGGAUAUCGCUGCUUUUCAGAAGUGUCGAGACCCGCUUACCGCCCAAUAUGCUUGGGUGGGAAGUGGGUACAUUUGAAUUCACGUCGAAGAGGAUAUUGGCGACGGGAUAUCACCACAGUGCAAAACUGAAGAUGCGAACAGGGGGUAGCAUUGGUCAGAUCGCCAGACAGCAGUGCAAGGCUCUCGAAGAAGGGGACGGUGUUUUCUGGGACAUCUCGGAAAGCAAUAAAAAGAGCAGAAUCCGCCUUCCCGUAAAGUACCGUUAUCGGUCUCCGGUCGUCAUUGAGUUCCACAAUUCUGGAAAGCGAGGGGCUGCUGCUUAUUCGAUCAUCUGGCUUCACCACCUUGUGGACAACGCAGCGGAAAACAUUAAUAUCCCAAUAUGGACAACGAAGAACCCUGCUAGACUGACUCAGAAUUAUGUCACGGAGGAGAAUGUCAAAGCUAAGGAAACCCCGGGCUUAGAAGAUCUCCAAGAGGUCGGUCGGCUGCAAUUUCGAUGUCAAUUUAAAGCAGGCACAGACGAAGAUCAUGAGGCGUUUGUCACAGACAACGACUCCAGAGAAACGUACGAGACCUGGGAGGCAUGCCUUGCAGAAGGUGUGCGAGAACGCCAGGUGCGCCAAGAAGUGCCCCCCAUGGUGGAGGAUCUGCACGAGAAGUCAUUGACUGAAGGCCGCGACGUGCUGAAGGAGGCUGAUGACGAAGAACGCAAGAAAUGGCUGGCGAAGGAUGGGGAGGAUUGGAGUGGUGCCUUUACGCAUGAUCCAAAGGCUUACACCGACUCUGCUGGCCGUAAACGCGCUGAGCCAGGCGCUGAUAAGCCUAUUCAUGAUCCUCACGACCCGAGCGAUGACGAUGACAACGUUCCUGAUGAUGCAGUAGAUGACGAUAGUGAUUCUUCUUCUGAUCUUGGUAUUCAGGAUGCGGACAACAAAGGUGACGCAAAUGAUAUGAAUGGAAACGCGGCAGCAGGAUCCAUGAAACAAGAAGAGGCGAACAAGAAGACUGAGAAGAGGAAGCACAGGGGUUUAUUGCAGUGGAAGCCUGUGAGAAACCUGGCGUUCGCCAAAGACGAAGCGAAAUUCGCGGCGAGAAGGGUAAACAAGAAGCUUACUGGCGGCCUGCAGGGACGGGAGCCUGAUGUCGAGACGGAAACUGGAUGA